AUAUAAUCACAACGUGUUUUCCCUGCCGCCAUAUUGGUUUGCAUAGAAAGGCAUGCUGGGUAUGAAAAGAACAAGAUGGCGAGAAUAGGCGAGUGCGGCAGUCCGUGAGGCUAACAAAAAAGAACGUGGAUUCCAGCCACAUUGAACCGAUGAUGAAAGUUCCCAGAAACUGAAACUUUAUACUCGCCAAGGGGAACUUUAUACAGGGGUGAAGUAUCGCCUCUACCAAGAACUCAAAAAACUGAAUAACCACCCAACAGAUUUAAUGUUUCUGCCAACCACUGCCGCACAAAUGCUAGCCAUGGAGACAUUUGCCUUUGACAAAAUGAAGUCAAGUCGUCGAAAACAAAGCAAACCUAUACGGGUAUCAUAUAGUGCAGAUAGCGAGGGAGGAGCUGAUCCCGGGGCUGCCUUCCCACCACAGAAACCCCCUGAGAUUCAGGAGGAGUUUGUUAACGGAGCAGGCAGUCCUGGGAUAGACUCGGAGGGACCCAUGGAGGAGGACCAAAGGGCUAUGAACUUCGAACAAAGAAGCCCUACAGAGCACCAAAUACCUCCUUUAGAAAGAGAACUUAGUAGUCCUCUCGAAGAAAAGCAGCCAACACCUGUUGCUAAGGAGAUGGAUGCUCUAAAGGAAUUCCCAUCAAAGUAUCAUCAUCUUCAACGGAUCAGUGAGGAAAAAUGUCCUCCUCCUAUUUUUCCAGACAUGGAAUCUAUGAGAGACUCAUUUCCAACAAAGUAUCACCAGCUCGGUAGUGAACUGUUUCAAGGAAAUCAGUUUGAUCCAAAUGGAGAGGAAAAUGGAAGCGAAUUAUCAGAGCAAAAUGUGAAUUGUGACGAUUCUUCACAAAAAUAUACCGAUCCUAAUGAGGAAGGACGUAAAUUGAAUGGUUCUGGCCGUAUUUUUCAUCAGGAUGCGUAUUGUGAAAUAUGUGAUCGUGAAUUCUGUAAUAAGUACUUUCUUAAGACUCACAAGGCUAACAAACAUGGUAUUUUCGACCCAGCAACUUCACCAUUUUCUAUGAAUACAUUACCACCAAGUAUGCCGCUACCUCAGGAGCUAAGUCCUCCUCAGCCUGUUCUCCCUCCUCCUCCUUCUUCGAUGCCUCCAUCAUCUGCCUCAUCUUUCAAAGUCAUGGACUUCAUUCAAAGUUUACCUGCCUCAGAACCUAAAACAGCAAAACCAGCAGAACCUGCAAAGAUGCCUAAACCAGAGCUGGAAAGUACUCCAGUGUCUAGCGGAAACAGUACUGGCAGUAAUAGCAAUAGUGGAAAAGUUGGCAAGGACAUGGAAGACUUUUGUGAACUCUGUCAGAAACAUUUCUGCAACAAGUACUACCUCAAAAAACAUAAGCAGGAUGUGCAUGGAAUAGCUCCACCAGAAGGGUCAUCAACUGGAAAGCGUGGUGGAGGUGGUCGAUCCAAAGAUUUGCAAGCACAACUUGAUGCAAUCACCUCAUCAGCCGUGGCCUCUGCUACUUCAAUAGCUCCACCAAUGAUACCUCAUUCAAUGGCCAACAUGACAGGUUUGCCCAACAUGCCUGGUGUCAUGGUUUUGAAUCCGUUCAUGGCCCCAAUGCUGAUACCUGCAGGAUCACUGAUGCCACCACACAGCCAGCUCCCAACACCACCUGGAAUGUCACAGCCUCUUCCAAUGUCUGCAAGUAGCCCAGAAUCUUCAACGACCACCACAACUUCAGCCAGCUUACCCAGCACACCAAGUGAUCCCAUGCGUGGAAUGGCUAGCGGAAUGGCUAGCGGAAUGGCUAGUGGAAUGGCUAGCGGAAUGGCUAGUGGAAUGGCUAGUGGAAUGGCUAGUGGAAUGGGAGUUCUUAAUACAGAAGCUUACUGUGAAUUGUGUAGAAAAGAAUUUUGUAACAAAUACUUUCUGAAAGUACACAAAGCCAACAAGCAUGGAAUGUACUUGGAUGAGUUUCCUCUAGGAGUGCCCAUUGGACCUGUUGGACUUCCAGGAACACCAUUCAAACCUUCUUCUUCAAUUGAUUCAACCGCAAUUACCUCAGAAACCCCAGUAUCUUACUCUAAUUCAGAGCUCAACAAAAUGUACAUUAAACCAGAGUCCAGUCCCAAACCUGGCACCUCUCUAGUCACUAGUUCUGCUAGCCAAGAUAAUUAUGUGACCUAUUGCAACUUAUGCAACCAAGAAUUUGCGAGCAAAUACACGUACCGUAUUCAUAGGAUCCAGGUUCAUGGAAUGCUUCAUGAAGGAUUGGAAGGUUCUCUUACAGAGGAAUUUAUGCGAAAUGUGAAUUCUAUGCGUGAGAAAGAGGAAGCAAUGGCUAAGAUUUCUCCUGGAUCUAGAGUAGUCGAGGAACCACAUGUGGAGAACAAAGUUCCAGAAAAUGGCAUGACAACCAUGUUUGGCAAUAUGGUUGCAGCAAAGCUAGCAGAUCGUGUAACCUGUGAUAUCUGUAAUAAGGAGUUGUGCAAUAAAUACUUCCUUAAGGUACAUAAGUAUAAAGUUCAUGGAGUAGGGACUCCCAACACUGACAAACAAGAUAAACUGGGCAAACGGAUGUUUGUUGGAGAUUUUGAGACAAUCAAAAAUGGAAAGCCUGUAGCACCAAAAAUGAGAUCUGAAAGACCUCAUCACUCACACCAAGUCAAGUCUGAACCAAAGGACUUCUCCCUACACAGCCCACAGCUGCCAUCCUCCCUGCCACUUCCAGUUCUUCCCAAGGCCAUUGAGGUUCCGACAGACCUCUCGCCUAAUGCAGUCCUAGAAAAACCAUCCCAUGAUGAGCUCGUCAAGAUGGGAAUUGACCCUGAGGCUUAUUGUGAGAUCUGCAAAAAAGAAUUUUGUAGCAAGUACUUUUUGAGGACUCAUCGCCUCAACAUUCAUGGAAUUCGAAGUGAAAAAUCAGAAUCUCCAGAUAUGGAAAAGUUUUCUCUUGCCAACUUUAUGAAGAACAAUAACAUUAUCAACAACAACAACAACUCCAAUAACAUUAAUAAUAACAUAAGCAUGAACAGCAAUGUAAGCAACAGUAUGAACAACAUCAUGACCAACAACAUCAGCAACAUAAUGAACAACAGCAACAUAAUGAACAACAGCAUGAAUCAGAUGAUGAAUAGCAACAAUACAAACAGUCCAAUUAACAACAACAACAAGCCAUUAAACUUAAGCAUGAGUGGCAACCAAAAAAGCAAGAGCGGCUUUGAAAAGCACACCUGGAGAUGGAAAGAACCUGUAAAUUCCUCACGCGUUAGUUGUGAUAUAUGCAACAAGGAAGUUUGCAACAAAUAUUUUCUUCGUACUCACAAACUUAACAAGCAUGGUAUCUUGCCUAGUGAAAGUUCAUUGUCACCAAGUUUGAAUAAUUCCCCAACUACCUCAGAUGUGGAAACAUCAAGUAACUCAUCCUUGCCUACUGAUCUCAGCAUUCGUGAUAGGAACAAUUGCAGUCCUCUCGGAGUUAGACUUGACAGCAACAUGAUACGCAUGAAUGAAGAGCGCUUAAAGCAAAAAAUGCAUGAUGCACCAUCCAGAAAUUUUAUGAAAAAAAUGGAGGAUGAAGCCAUGGCUAGUCGCUACUUCAAUCACUACAGUGAAGUUUGUUAUCUGUGUGAUCGACGGUUUAAAAGCAGCAAGUGGUUGAAAGCUCAUAUAAUGAAGGACCAUGCUGGCAUGAUCCCAGGAAUGCCAAUGGGAGCCAGAAAAAAUUUGAUGAUGGGCUUUGAUAUGGGUAUGGAGCAAAGGACGUGCCGCCUGUGUGACGCUGUCUUUCCCAGUGAGCUGUCCAUGCAUCUUCACAUGAUCCAGGAGCAUAAUGCCCAGGUCAGUCUUAACACAUCACAGCAGUCGCCAUCACCACCAGAGACACCAUUUGAGCAUGCUCCUGUGCCUCUCCCAAAGAGGUAUCUCACUGGUCCAAAGUUUUCUUUGAAGCGUCGAUUCAGCACCAAAAUCAAACAAAGACUAUACACAUGCUCCAUUUGUGAUUACAAGAGCAAAUGGUUGAAUAAUGUGUGCUCCCAUGAGGUGAAAGUGCAUAAUAUUAUUAACAAGGAAAACAUGCAGGUCAAACAGGGCAGUCAUGGACUUAUUGUUCAUAAAACCGCUGGAAACAUCAAAACCUACAGAUGUAUAACCUGCAAGCGAAGCUUCCCAUCUCCUAUCCUCUGUCAUCACCAUAUCAGGGAGGAACACAUCCGUAAGAGAACAUUUAAAGUCAACAACGGAAAGUCGGCUAUGCGUCUGUCGUGCAAUUUGUGUAACUUUUCAACUGGCUUCUCCAAACAGCUUAAGCAUCAUAUGGCCCGUGUCCAUACUAAGAGGCAAGUCAUGUCGUCAAUGGUCCGUAACAACGGCUUGAGCAUGGACGACGAUGAUUCAGGGAAUAUUGUACGCCAGCAAGGUAGUCUCCAUGCCCAAGCUGUUGAGGACCUCCAGGAAGAUAUGUCUAGUGACGAUCAGCAGUCAUUCCAUCUGGAGGACUGCUCCUCUCAGAGUGACUUUCUCACCUCCGUGGUGAAGAUUCCAGUGAAGCGACGGCUGAGUGCCCCGGUGACCGUUACCUUUCUCCUCACCCCUAUGGAGCAGUGAGUAGGGGAAGCGAUGGGAACUGGUCGUGUGUUCAGGUAUUCACAGUGUAUCAUUGGUGAUGUCAAACUCUGAUUAUUUAUCACAUUAAUUAUUACAGAACUGUGUUUAUGAAAAUGGUUAUGUGCAAUCAGUUGACUAGAUACUCGGUUCUAGUUGUGUGUUUUCCUGUGUUCCAUACCGUGUGUUGUGGUGACGGUCAGCAGAUCGUCCACUUAGUUAUAACUUUCUGUUUGUUUCAAGGCAGCAGCUAAUUUUUCAGGAAAUGUGUAGUAGCUAGCUAAUUCUGCCUGCCAAGAAUCUCAGUAUUACACAUUGGUUCGAUUGUAACACUCCAAUAGUUUAUUUGUUGCUAUGAUCGAUCAAGUUUUGUAGAUUAUAGUUUCCAUUUUUUUUUUUUUUUUUUUUUCAAAUUUUGUUGGUUUGAACCAAUUAUUAUUAUUAUUUUUUUAUAAUUACAAUUCCUUGCAGUUAAAUGAAAAUCUUGCCCCAUAUAUAUACAUAUAUAUUUAAUUUUUUUAGUAAUUUAAGCACAAUCUUGACCUGAACCCCACAAAUUAAUAUAUUAUAUUAAGAUUCUUUGCAUUUAUUUAAUUGAUAAGUUUUGAACUAAUGAAUAGUUAAAAAGUAUAUAUUAUUUGGCUAUUAGUAAUGACUUGUUAUUUAUUUAUAGAGAUGAGAUUUUGUUUGUUUUUUGGGGUGUAAACUCUUGUGAUUUCUAUAUAUAUGACAGGUUUGAUGUGGUGUGUGUGGAUGAUGACAUUAAAUAGGAUUGUUUUCUUAGAAUUGACAUUGUUUUUUCAUUUGGUUGAAAUAUUUGCCUAACCAUAUAAAUGUAUAUAUAUCAUGGUUUGUGUUGGUUUUUCUCCAAGCUUGCCAUGGUCCAGAUGCUGUACAUCUAACCGGAUGUCAGCUUCAUUAUUACGUUUGAAAUUUGUUUUUGUGAAAAAAUAGUAAUUUUUGAAUCUCAUGGUAACAAUUGAUCUGUUUUUCUAUUGUGCUUUAUAUGAGUAUUUUAAUAGCCUGUACAUGUUUAUGUCACAAUUAAAAUGCAGCUCUGUAUAUAUAUACAGUACCUGGCAUUAGAUAGGGACAUAUCCAUGUAAAGGUAUCCAUGCUAUCACUUACCCUAGUCAAUAUCCACAUUCAAUAGCUUUUCUUUAUUUUCUGCAUAGCUUCCCUUAUAAGGAAACACUGGCAACGCUGACCUUAAUACUUGUUUUCUAUUUUAACCUCUAAACUAGUCAAGACAUCGUUUUGAUUGCAUGUUAGAAUUUUAUGACCAACCGACGGAAUUAGGUAGCUGAUGAAAUCUAGCUGAUUGUUGUCAUGGAAACCUACAAUAUGAUUGAAUUAUUAUGGAAAAGCUUUUAUGGGAUUUUUUCCCUGCUUAAUAGAAAAUCAAGACAGAAAAAUAUUGGAUUUACAGUUAUUGACUUUUUUGUUUUGUUUAAAAAUCAACUAUGGUUAUUUCUAUUUUCCAUGUAUACAAAUUUUAAGUUUAGUGUAUAACUGUACAUGUGUUGGUGUUUCCUUCCUGAGGUAUUGUAUGUAUAAAAAAUGUAGUAUAUUUUUCCUUACAAGUGUUUAGAGAUAGGUAUCCCCUGAAGUAUGGCUGUGAUGAUGAUGAUGAUGACCAUCUGCUAUUGCAAGUUACAGACUUGAGCUUGAAAUGUAACAAGAAUGUAUCUAUAUGGAGCACUGCCUUAUUAUAUAAUACGGGUCAUUUUCUAUUAACUCAAAUCUCAAACUGGGCUUGCAAUGUCAGAGUCUUAAAACCAUGCAAUAUUCACUUUUUGUGCAAUUAUGAUAUUUAUAAUAUAUAUACGAUUAAUGAUUUUGUUGCUAUAGAACUUGAUGGAUACUAUUAUGUAUAGAUUUUCCAAAGAGUGGUUUCUUUGAGUUUUAUCUUGGUGAUUUUCGAUCGUCAAGGUAACGCCUUUGAAAUAACCCUUGGUCAUGACUGAACGGUUACCAUGAGAUUCAGAAAUGUCUAUUUGACCAGCUUGGUACUCACAGCUAACUGACAGCAUUGUGUCUGUGUGAACACAAUCACAAAUUGUAAAAAUAGCAACAACUUGUAUGAUGACACUUUUUCCAUGUGUGUGUUUUGAUUGGUUGUUUGAACCCCUUCCCUUUUUCUCCUCAUUCCUAGAGAGUUCCAUGGUCAACAGGUUAUAUCUGUUGGCCACGCAUGCGGAUGACGUGAUUAACUCUAUUUUUGAUAUGCCGAUUUGUGAGGCUCUUGUUUUUCCUGGCUUAACAUAUAUAAUCCUGUUUGAAUAUUAUGAAAAUUGGACAGUUACUGCCUGUAUAUGUGAAUAUAUUGUACUAUAGCUAUUAUAUAUAUAAUUAUAUAUAUAUAUAUGAUCUACCAGGUGUGGUGGCAUAGGACAGUUUAUAUUUGAGUUUGUUUUUUCUUUCUCUCGUCGCAUAAGGAAGUAAUUUUUUUCUUCUCCUGUUAGAUGUAUUGAUAUGAUAAUGAAACAAUGGCAGACUGGAAGCUUCUGUGUUCACUGUAGAGUUGGUUUUUUUAUUGAUUUUGAGUGUGAACGUGUGUGUGUAUAUUUCUCUACAUAUAAAUAUUUAUUGUGUGAUUUCAUAGUUAUAGAUGUAUGCAUGUAUGUAUAUAUAUUAUAUGAGUGCAAUAUGUGGGUAUGUGCAUGAGCGUGUGACUGAUAUUAUUGGGACUUGGUGCAAUGUUCACAUUCAUGGUGCAGUUCAGCUUACUUUCUACCAUUUACUAAAUGUAAAUAACCAUUUCAACAGGUUUAAAAGUCAUGGUAGGAUGAAAAAAGAUUUUAUGAGAUUAUUAUAUCAAAUUUUUCAAGACUUAAAAUCUUGAACCAUUGAAAAGACUAUCAAUAAAACCGUAUAUGUUAUUUAUAGAUUAAGUGAUAAAGAAAUUAUGUUGUAAUCUUAUGUAGAUUUAUAUAGGAAGAAAAGUUGACAAGUUAAAGCUUGUAAAGUAUACUGUAUUAUGAGUUUGUCAAAUGAGCCAGUUGAUGUGUGAACAUAUAAGCUUCUGCUCUGCCAUUUAAUGAUGCAAGUAUAUGUACAUUCUAGUCUUUCCUGGCCAUAUAGGUCAGCUUACCAAAGUUACCAAAACUAGACCAACGGACCUCAUCCAACACAAUUUCCAUCUGUAUUUUAUUUACUAUAGUCUAGUUAAUUAGUAAAACCUCCGUCUAUAUAUCACACAAGUGACUCCUAAAUAUUGAUAUUUGUCAGAUUUUUUAUUUGUAACUUAAUACUGUCAUAACCACCAUUAUUUUUGUUCAGCUUAGGUUAUUUUUGAAAUAUUUAAAAAAACAAAAAUAUUAAUGUUCAGUAGAAUGAAAAUAAAUUAGAAUUUCAUGGUGUGUUAACCAUACUUGUGAAAGAAAGAAAAAAACACAAUGUAUGGUUUAACACUGACAUGGUAUGUGACUGCCUACUGCCCACACUACCGGGAGAUGUGAGAAAGCUAGUCAUAGUGUUUAUAUGUGUGUGACCGGUCGGGCAGGGCGGGGCCGGUCACUUCUGAUGCCCUAGGGGACAGGGUGUGCCAUCCUUUAAUCACUACCUCACUUUAUAUAGUCAAAUAUUUAUUCUGUGUAUUCAGAAGAAACGUAAUUAUAUUUUGGUCUUUACACAAAACAGUAUUUAAUAUGUGUCGAUGGAUAAUAAGUAUACUCUAUUGUUGUAGCUGUUAGUGUAUUUAUUGGUGUCCAAUUGUAAAGACGUUUGUGGCGUAGGGUGGGUGCUGUCCAGCGUCAUGUCCAGUUGUGGUAAUGUCUGUGGGGUACGGCGGGCUGCCGUCGUGUGUCAGGCCUGUUGUAUUAGGGAAAUAUAGGCAGAAAACUAUGGUUACAUUCCAGAACUCUGGGAAAUAGUCCUAGUACAGUCUUAGUUAGUUCUAUUAGAUAGCUGGAAAAGGCCGCUAACAUCACUAUGUGCUUCACUCUGUAACUUUCAAAUGAUUCUAGGACAAUUUGGCGGUGGCCAGCACCUGGCUGUACUCAGUAAAUAAUGUGUGUUUGGUAUUGUAGUCGUACGUGUUUGUGACAAGUUUAUAAUGAAAACAAAAGCCAGCGUAAGAUGUUGUUUUACUAUGGUUUAACCCUCAACCCAGGGCAUCACAGUCUUUUUUGUAAUUUCGUUGAGCAAAACAUAAUUUAUUAUAGAAGGUAUUAUUAUUGCACUGUAUGUCAAAAAAUUUAUGAAAAGUCAUAUAUAUAUAGCACUACAACUUAAGGCAGAGAAUAACAAGUUAAAUGCGAAGCGAAAAUAUACAAAUUAUAAAUCUGUAUUUGACAAAUUCAGGGAGUUUUAUCAAAGUUUAAUGUAUAGACACAGUAGUGAAUAGACUGUAUGUCCUCGUGUAGUCAGAACAACAAACUUCUUGAGAUGGUUAUAACGAGUGUUGUCUUCAAGUGACAAUCGGUGUUGAAAGCAUAAUGGAUUUAAGUCUUUGUUUCUUUGAGUUUUUGACAAAUUUUUGUUGCGAAUUCUUGCAUAAAUUUUAAACUAAUUUAUUGUACACGCCAACAAGAGUCUUCUGCACUCGCCCCAUAAUUCCACCACAUGUGGUCACGUAUUACGUCUUAUUUAUUGACCCCGAAGCACGGGUGUCUAAUGUUGAUUUUUCUAAUGGCAUGUGUGUUCUUUUGUCAGCUAUGUUGAUAUUCUGUUUUUCUGUAUAGUGGAGUGAUUUUCCCUCUUCUACACUGUCAUUAGAAUUUUUUUUGCAAUAAAAAUUCAAAGGUUGUCCUUAAA